GAACUCGCUUAUUGAUGGUCGCAUCGCAUUCACUCUAGUCGCAGUUGUAACCUGUUCAACAUCUCCUUUAGCGCAUAGUGUCCUGGUACCUCCGGUUCUAGUUUUCCGAAUCGUUUAUCCACGUUUAUCCGGGUUAUCUUUGAGCCGAAAAUGACAUUUGCUUUUUUCCUAUUUUUGUACGGUUUCGGUCUUGCUGAAAGCUAUAGUUAUGGUUACGGUGACAAUGGAUAUUAUUUCGAAAACCAUAAAUAUUGUGAUGAUUUGUCUCCAUAUUAUGGUGAUAUAAAUUUUGAGCAAAUUACUGGUGUUUGGUAUGGUGUCGAAAAGAUACCACAUACAAAAGGAGAAUAUAAAAUAGAGCAUACUCAGCAAUGUUUUUACAUCGACAUCAAGGAGUUAUACAUAGAGCCCACUCCACCGACGCCGUAUCCCAAUCUGAUAAAUACUCCGUACAUGAACCGACAGUACAACUUAGGUAUGCCUGAGCAAUAUCGGAUUCGACAGUUCGUUUUAGAAUGGCACGAAGGGCUGUGGCGCGAUGAUUAUCAUAUCAAGGUCAAUACUUCACACAAAGGUUUCUGGCAAACGGAUGUACCCCAAGGCACCGUUGAAGAUAUGUACCGAUUCUUCGGGGGCGUUAUUCAAGUACUGAAAGUGGCCAAUAAUCAUUUGGUGUUGAACUUCUGCAUGCGCCUGCCUAGCUCCCAGCUCUUCAGUGUGGUGCUUUCCCGAAAUGAAAACCAGCUGACUCGUGAAGAUCUUGCAAGCAUACACAACGUUUUCACAAUGAAGCAUUUGUCAACUUCGGCGUUGAAGAGAGUCUGCGAGAAUUCAUCUUCUACGAUAAUAUUAUCUAGUUUAGUUUUUGCAUUAGCUUUCAUUAAUAUUUUGAAAAUACGCCUUUUAUAAGAUUUUUUUUGGUGCUUUUCUUGAAAAGAGUUAAUUUCACUUAAAACGUGUAUGAUGUUUUCGCUUAUUUAUUGUAUAGUUUUCUUGAUCGAAUUAUGAAAGGUUUUGAAACGCCCAUUAACUCAAUUAUUUUUUAUAAUAAGUUACUAAAAUAAAUUUCAGUAAAUGUGGGUGAUGAACUGUAAUAGUUAACUCGAAAAUAUUAACAAUAAAACUUUAUAUUUUACAUUUGAUUUCAAUCGUU